AUGGACUCAGAAUUUCAAGAUCUCUCGCCGAACGCCCAAAUUUCUCCAGCCAACGAAGCUACGAGUAAGGCGUCUGAAGGGUCGUCGGGCUCUUCUCAGGAAAGACCUCACCCGCAUAUCCGGAGCUGUCUAUUCUGUCGAUCUCGCAAAGUAAAAUGUGAUCGCCAGAGGCCAUGCGCCAACUGUCUGCGUACGGGGGCGGAAUGUGUCUAUCCAUCGGGACCAGGCAGAGCUCCAAAACGACCACGUCGACCUUUUGACAAGCGUGUGCUCGACCGGUUGGCGGAUCUCGAGGCGCUCGUGAGACGCCUGGAUGCUACAGAGGCUGGCGGCCGGCUAGUACGCGGCUCACCACCAGAGAACCCUGCCACCAACUCGGUAACAGAACUGGUAGAUGGAUCCAGUCAGAUAGAACAGCAGUUCGGUCGGCUUGUGAUUGAUAAUACGCGAAGCUGUUAUGUGAGCAACAUUCUAUGGGCAAGUUUAGGUGAUGAGAUCGAAGAGCUGCGCGAUUUACUAUAUGAGCCAGAAUCGGAGGACGAAGAUUUCGAUGCGGCCACGGUCUCGUCUGCUGCCGAUACCACGACCUCCCUCGGCUGUAAUGCGGCGAUAUUGGGAUUUCAGGCGCUUGCACAGUCCUUGAGGGCGUAUCAUCCACCGCUAUCCCAGUCAGUGGCACUCUUUGAGAUAUUCAAAUACAGUGUCGCUCCUCUGGUGCACAUUUUCCACAUGCCAACCCUGGUCGCGUCUUAUUGGGAUGCCGUGGCAUCACCUGAAUCUUUGAACCGCAAUACCGAGGCAUUGUUAUUCGCUAUCUAUUACUCUACUGUGAUCAGUAUGGAAUCACACCAAUGCGAGGAGGUCUUGGGCUUUCCACGAGCAGCAGCAGUCAAACAUUACCAGUUCGCAGUUGAACAGGCCAUGGCUCGCGCCAAUAUCCUCAAUACCCAGAGUGUGGUUUUGAUCCAAGCUGUAGUUCUCUUUUUAUCAGCUUUGCGCAAUGAGGAUGCCUCGCGUACCGCCUGGUCUAUGACCGCACUCAUCUUCCACAUUGCGCAAGUCAUGGGCCUGCACAGAGACGGAGCCUCAUUUGGCCUUCGUCCGCUGGAGACUGAGAUACGGCGACGUCUUUGGUGGCAUAUAUGCUUGCUAGAUAUCCGAUCGUCUGAAUAUCAUAGCUGUGAGCCCAUCGUGCACCAGUCAAUGUUCGAUACCCGGAUGCCGCUGAAUAUCAACGACAGCGAUCUGACACCGGACAUGACUGUACCACCUACUGAGCGGGAAGAAACCACGGAGAUGACUUUUUGCCUCAUUCGAUGUGAGGCCAUGUGCAUUGUAUGGAAGACAGGUUAUGUCCCACCCGGCAUGCGACGACCUGGUCAACCAGCAGAGGGACUGUCCCUCCCUGAGCGUGCUUCCUUAGCCAAAGAUCUCCAGCUACGGCUAGAGGGGCGCUAUCUCAAGCACUGUGAUACCUCGAGACCAUUUUUCCAAGUUUGUGUGACUGUCGCACGCCUGAUCAUCGCUCGAACUUGGCUGGUGGUCUAUUACCCACUCCGACAGAAAGAUGAUGGGGCAACCAUGCCCAGCCUGACUCGAGACCAACUGUUCACCAUCUCAAUUAAGAUUCUAGAGCUGUCAUCCGAAUUGCUCACUAGUCCUGCCCUCGCGCAGUGGACAUGGCACUCCAAGACCCAUGUCCAAUGGCAUGCAGUGGCUUUUGUUCUAUCGGAGAUAUGCUCACGUCCCCCGUCGCUGGACUGCGACCAUGCUUGGGAGUAUGCCCAAACCGUCUAUAAUCGAUGGGAGAUGAAAGAGAACAAAGGUAAUCUCUGGCGACCCAUCAAGCAGCUGAUGGCCAAGGCACAAUACGUACGCGAGAUCCAAAAGAAAAGGACAUCGGCUCCGAAAUCGUACUGGCGAGUAGCCGGCAUGAUCGCAGUAUUACCUGGCAAUUCUUCUCCAGAGCCCCUUGCGAGUAGUAGUUCGGAGACCAGGGCAGCCGUGAACCAUGAGACUAUCAGUGACACCACUACAGGCCUCAUUGAUCCAAACUGGGCCCUGUCCACAGAGUCGCUUGAACCAUUUCCGGACAAUUUUAGCGGACCCGAUUUGCCCGAUCCAGGCCUCGAAUAUGCAUACCAUGUAGGCAAUGACUAUAUCCUGACGAAUUUUGAUGGUAGCCAGAUGGAUAUGGCAUUUGGUAUCAAUGCGUUCACGCCAUGA